AUGGGCUUUGAAAUGAUAGUUGCUGUUUUACUACGCAAACAUCUCGGUAAUGUCUCCGUAGCACGCGACGAACAAAGCCUCUCGGCCGACGAUGAGCAAUACAGCGUGCGAGCGUAUAGUAAUCUACCGGGUGCAUCAGGGAUUGGUGGAACUGGCUUACCCAGUGGAGGUUACCAUGCUAACGCAACCACCUCAGCAGGUUCCCAUGUGACCUUUGGUGCACCGACUACCACAACCGCCUCAUCCUCUAACUUGAGACCAACCGAAUCUUCCAGCAGUGCUUCUGUUGGCGCUCCUCCUGCCACGACUUGCGACACUCGCAUCUCUGCGGUUGGCUCCACCGUUGCAGCACUCACAAGCGGACAGUUUGGAUUUAGCCAGAGAAACCCCCUUCUCCGAUCUAGCUCAUUCUCCCGAAACCUGUCCGAUUCUAAAGAGAGUCAGUCCGAUGGUACCAUGGAAACUAACGCACAAAUGAGAACAAAGAUUCUAACAAAGGCCUCGGUUAUGCACAGCGUGGACUGGGAUAUUGAAGGUGCUCAGUUUUCAGAGGUGAGUGAUGAACUACAACCCAAGGAGCAAUAUGAUAUGUCCUUUUGUGAGCGUCGACAGGCUGACGAAGAGCGUGUCGUCUUAAAUGUCUCUGGCUUGAAAUUUGAAACACAGUUGAAGACGCUAAACCGCUUCCCAAACACUCUGCUUGGUAAUCCGCGGAAACGCAACCGAUAUUAUGAUCCGCUGAGAAACGAGUACUUUUUCGAUCGAAAUAGACCAAGUUUUGACGCCAUCCUCUACUAUUACCAGUCUGGGGGCCGGCUUCGACGACCCGUUAAUGUCCCAAUUGACGUUUUUACCGAAGAGAUAAGUUUUUACGAACUUGAUGAUGAGGCUGUAGAGAAGUAUCGUAUUGAUGAGGGCUUCCUCAAGGAGGGGGUAAAGUUGCUACCCGAGAACGAAUUUCAACGCAAAAUAUGGCUUCUCUUUGAAUAUCCUGAAAGUUCUUUAGCUGCACGGUGUAUUGCUAUUUGUUCCAUAUUUGUAAUUAUCCUAUCAAUUGUCAUCUUUUGCAUUGAAACCUUGCCUCACUUCAAGCACUAUCGAAUCGCAAAUAGGACUUCCAAACUUUCAUCCAUUUCGAAUGCCGCAGAAGAUGGCAAUAACUAUGUUUCCACCGGAGCUACCGUGUUUGAUUCAGGAUCCAGCUUUCUACGAACAGUUCGUGAUACCUCAGCGAGCACACAAACACAAUGGAACGAUUUAUUUUACAAUGUGAUAAUUGUAGAAGACGACAUACCUCAUCUCGCUGAGCCCUUUUUCAUAAUCGAGACAGUAUGCAUAAUCUGGUUUACUUUUGAAUUGAUGAUUAGAUUCGCCUCCUGUCCUCAAAAGGUUGCCUUCUUCAAAAACAUUAUGAAUUUCAUCGAUAUCGUUGCAAUCAUUCCUUACUUCAUUACUCUUGGGACUGUCAUAGCCGAUGAUUCCAAGCGCCAAAAUCAGGCAAUGUCUCUAGCGAUUCUUCGUAUUAUUCGACUGGUUCGUGUUUUUCGGAUAUUCAAGCUAUCACGUCAUUCAAAGGGGCUACAAAUACUUGGUCAAACUCUCAAAGCCAGUGUCCGAGAGUUGGGGCUCCUUGUGUUUUUCCUUCUAAUCUCUGUCAUCCUCUUUUCCUCGGCCGUAUACUUUGCUGAGGUGGACGCAGAGAAGACCUUUUUUCGAUCCAUACCCGAUGCAUUUUGGUGGGCUGUGGUUACCAUGACAACGGUCGGUUAUGGCGAUAUGCGGCCAGUGACAGUUGGAGGAAAGUUAGUAGGUUCAUUGUGCGCUAUCGCUGGUGUUCUAACUAUCGCCCUCCCUGUUCCUGUUAUUGUGUCAAACUUUAAUUACUUUUAUCAUCGAGAAACAGAAACAGAGGAGAAACCCAGUUUUACCACAGUUUCGUCGUGCCCACUUUGCAAGACUCCCAGCCUAUGCAGUUCGAAUUCUGGGGAUAGCCUCCUUAGCCCCAAGAAAAAACACAGUCGUGAUGGAAGUGGAUACAGAUCCUCCAGAUCAGAUGGACGAGGACAACCCACAGUAAGUCGGGAAGAAUCACAGCCAACUCGUGUCUCUCAAGGCAACUCUGCUGGGAUUCCACUGCUAAGUAAUGCUGAUGAGAUGCCCACAUCACGUUUGAUUGCCGAGCCUGACAGAAAUACUGAAGAAAGAGAUAAAAAAGUAAGUAGACACAGGAAGAAGGGGACAUUAAUGAGACCAGGUCUACUAAAUUUCAUAACUCAACCUCUUCAACAAGCGGGCAUUGGAUCUCGAGAAUCACUUGAUCAAGCGACCGAGAUGAAGAAGCGUCGUAAUUUUAACCCAACAUCAUUGCCUCCAUCACCACAAGCUGUGGUUGUGUCGAACACUGUCUUACUUCCACCAUUAAAAUCUCAUCAAGAGAACGACCACUGA